UGGGAGGCGCACUUUUAUAUCUUGCUGUCGCACGUACUUUGCUAUCUACGCUUGGUCGGGGAUUUAAAUCCUCCUGUAACUCGCCUCUUUUUAAUUAUACAUGCGCUAAGCCGUACACACUGUCAUCAUGGGCAAGAAGUUCUACGGCCUCACGGGCACGAAGCUCAAUAUUGCCAUUGCUGUCGUUGCAGGCACUGACUUUGCACUCUUCGGAUAUGACCAAGGUGUGAUGGGCGGGCUGCUCACUCUGCCCUCCUUCGUCCACUACUUCCCCGAGAUCGACACCCUCAAUCCUCCCAACGGCGAUGCAAGCCACACAGCCACCAUCCAGGCUAUCACCGUGGGCGCCUACACGCUCGGUUGCUUCUUCGGCGCUGUUGCAACCAUCUGGCUUGGUAACAUGCUCGGACGCAAGAAGACUAUUUUCAUCGGGAGUGUCAUCAUGAUCAUCGGCGCUGUGAUCCAGACCGCAUCGUUCGGCCUCGCGCAGCUCAUUGUCGGGCGCUGGAUCACGGGUUUCGGUAACGGGAUGAAUACUAGUACGGUUCCUACGUGGCAAUCAGAAACGUCGAAACCCCACAGACGAGGCCAGAUGGUUAUGAUCGAGGGCUCACUGAUUGUCUUUGGUGUCAUGCUUAGUUACUGGCUCGAUCUGGGGUUCUCUUUCCUGGAGCCAAGCUCCAUCGCCUGGCGCUUCCCGAUCGGCUUUCAGAUCAUACUUGCUAUCUUCAUCCUCAUCUUGAUUCCAGGAUUGCCUGAGUCCCCACGCUGGCUCGUAUUGAAGGGGCGAGACGAUGAGGCUUGGGACGUCUUAGCUGCACUUAGUGCUCUUCCGAAGGAAGACAAGAAAAUCGUUGCAGAGCUGCAGGCUGUGAAGGAUGUUGUGUUCGAGAUGUCAAGAGGCGGGUUCAGGGAGUGCUUCAAGACGAACCGCAACAGAAACUUCCACCGCACAGUCCUGGCUUAUGUCAAUCAGAUGUUCCAACAGAUCUCUGGAAUCAACCUGGUCACUUACUAUGCGGCGACAAUUUUCGAAGGAUCACUCGGUCUUUCGCCAUUCUUGAGUCGUCUUCUCGCUGCUUGCAAUGGAACUGAGUAUUUCAUCGCAUCCUGGAUCGCCAUCUUCACCGUUGAGAGAUAUGGUCGCCGCAAACUGAUGCUGUUUGGUGCCGUUGGUAUGAGCGCCACCAUGUGCAUUCUCGCAGGGACCACCAGCAACGUUGAAAACAAAGCUUGUGCUUUAGUUGCCACUGUCAUGCUCUUCGUUUUCAACUCCUUCUUUGCCGUUGGGUGGCUCGGGAUGACUUGGUUGUAUCCGGCAGAAGUGACACCACUCUCCAUCCGAGCCCCCGCCAACGCCAUCGCCACAACGGCCAAUUGGGCAUUUAACUUUAUGGUGGUUAUGGUCACUCCAGUGGCCUUCGCCAACAUCCAAUGGCGGACAUACAUCAUCUUUGCGGUGAUCAACGCCGCGAUCGUUCCCAGCGUAUACUUCUUCUUCCCUGAGACCGCCGGUCGUUCCUUGGAGGAGAUGGACGAGAUAUUCCACAAGACUACCAACCCAUUCGACUGCGUCAAGAUCGCCAAAGAACUCCCGCACCGCUUCGAUAAGCGUGGCAACCCGCUCUUCGACUAUAACGAUACAGAGGAGGCGAGAGACGUGGAACGGAGGAGGAGCUCAGUUACGGGUGCGGCGCCGGGUAUGUUCAGCAAAGACACUCGGGAGCACAACGAGAAGAUUGGGAACAUGUGAGGUGUAGAAGGCAGUAUGGUUAGAAGUCUACAAUUAUAGCGGAGGGAAAUCUACGACACAUAGGUGCGAGCAAAUGAGUAACCUGGGCUUGAACAUCUUCGCCCGCAAAAUCGACGUCCUGAAUACGAAACUCUUCUUGAGUUGAAUGACCGGUCGAUCUCUCUAUAA